GCAAACCCCGGCGAGGCUCUCGAUCGGUAGCUCGAUCUUUCCUGCGUUGAUUCCGUGGUCGAAGGUCUUCCCUUAGGUCGCCGGUUCAAGGAGGAGCAUCCGCUUCAAAUCUCUCCUCGAAUCGCUUUUCCCCCCUUCAGGGUUUCGGAAUCAUGGUGCUCUGGGUUUUCGGCUAUGGAUCUCUGGUUUGGAACCCUGGAUUCGAAUUCGAUGAGAAGAUCAUAGGGUUUGUCAAGGACUACAGGCGUGUUUUUGAUCUUGCCUGCAUAGAUCACAGAGGUACACCGGAGAAUCCUGCCAGAACCUGCACCUUGGAACCUAAAGAAGGAGCAAUCUGCUGGGGCGCUGCAUACUGUAUCAGAGGAGACAUCGAAAGGGAACGAGCGGCAAUGGAGUAUUUGAGGAGACGAGAGUGCGAGUACGAUAUCGAAAGCCAUUUGGACUUCUACAGGGAAGGAGAGACUUCUGAACCAGCUGUAACAGGAGUCCUAAUAUUUCUAUCAACCAUGAACAAAGUGGCCAACAAGUAUUACUUGGGACCUGCUCCCUUGGUUGAAAUGGCAAGCCAAAUAGCUACAGCCAAUGGUCCAAGUGGAAACAACAGAGAUUAUCUCUUCAAGCUGGAGAAAGAAAUGGCAAAUAUAGGACAUGAAGAUGAUUAUGUUGUUGAGCUAGCAAAUGAAGUGAGGAACGUACUUGAUAGUAUGAAGCAACAGAAAUCACCGAAUGUUCCUUUGCCUCUUCGAUCGCAUGCGUCAUUUCUUCCCAUCGAAUCACGCUCGGAAAACCCUCUCAUUGUGGAUUCAUCAUGAUGUUCAUCUUGAACAUGAAACUCAUGUAUUGUUUAACAAUCGACUAAUGUUUCUCGUUUACCAUUCUAUUCACACGAAGGAAUUAGAGAUUGAUUGCGAUUGAUCAGCUGUAUUACUAAUUGAAUUAUUAAUGGUAUGAAACAAAAAUUGAGCUUUGAUUCGGCAAAAA